AAGCAGCAACCCAGUCAGACCAGCAACAUACCACAGUGUCUACAGCCAAAGAAAACCCGCUGGGACAGGCUACGACAUCGAACGAACCCGGAGCAGCUCAGCAGAAGCCCUCAGACACGAGCCAGGUCAUUCCGCGCUCGCUGUCAGAGUACAUGCCGGCUGCCGCGCGCCCCUUGGCUCGCAAAGGCAAGCCUGUGUUUGAGCCGUUUGAGGAGUACAACGCAGCAGCGCCCAACAAUUACCAGACGUACAAGACAUGGCUACAGCACCACAAGCGAGAGCGCAGGCUGGACCGCAAACGCCAAAUACCCAUCGGCGAGCCGUCAAUGUGCAUUGUGCUAACAAACAUGGCCGACGAUAUUGACGACAGCCUGGAGGCAGAGACCGAGGAGGAGUGCAGCGCCUUUGGCCGCGUCGUGCACUGUGUGGCUACGACUGUCGAUAACCCCGGGUCCCCGUUUGAGGGCGUGCUUAUUUACGUGCAGUUUGCUGAUCUGGAUUCGGCUGCUCGCGCGCGGGAUGCCCUGGACCAGCGAUAUUUUGACGGCCGGCAUAUCUCGGCAACGUUUGUUCCUUUGAUCCCCUCCCGCACUGCCGCGCCGUCUUAAGCGGACGUGGUGAGCGGGGAGGCGUGGGAUGAGCGGCUAUCCUCCACGCGUACUAUGUGUGGAGAAGCCUAAACCCACAGAAACCUUUCUUUUUGUGUAAAAAUGUGAAUUAAUUGCACAUCAAGCCAUCUCGUGGCGCAAACAAGGGCAUUGAAAGCUCAGCACUUUAAAUCUUUUUUGACCUUUGAAAAAAUAAUUUGCCACAAAGCAGUUAUUUGCAAUUUUCGGGCUCUGCCUCGAACCUUUUUUACCCAUAAAGCAGGCGGCG